UUUGUAUAGCGGCUUUAAACAUGGCGUCCGGGAAGAGGUGUAUGUUUACAUUUAUUAAAGCAAUUAUUAUGGCUCUUAUCAUAGAAAGUCAGUGUCGACUCCAUCACCUCAUUCUUAAGGAUGACAUCCGUCAACGGGUCCACCUGAACACAUUCGGCUUUUAUAAAGAUGGUUACAUGAGCAUGAGUAUGAACAGCCUAAGCUUCUCUCAUGGAAAUACGGAUAACAUUGACAGCUCCACGAUUGGUUUCAGUUUAGAUCGCGCGAGCAAUUAUGGCUUCUCCACAUAUCUGGAUGAAGGUCUUGAAUAUUGUCCUCUGAAAAAAGAUCCAAGCAGUAAUUUUGCAGGAGUUCUUCUCUUGCUGGACUUCAAAAAUAAACUAGUGAGGAAGAAGACUUCAGCAGAGGCAGGUGUGAUUCCCAACAUUAUAUCUGUCUUGCUUAAAAACACAGAGGAAAAACUGCAGGCUGAGAAUGGGAAAGAGGUCCCAGACAAGACACCAGAUGAUGGAUCUCAGCCUGAGGGGGUUGCUAAAUCCAAGCGAGAUGUUGGGAACAAGGCAUUAGAUACCUAUCCUCUUCAGAACAAGGACCAAGUCUACUCUUUUCAGUUUCACUUCAAUGUCACAAGAGACGAACAGCAAGGCCUUUAUAACUUGUAUUUCUAUAACUGCUACUCCUUGCCAAUAAACCAGGACAACUCUAUGUCAGGUGUGCUGACUUUCAGCAUUGAUAUCAACAUAGAGGAGAAGAAUCCAGACAGCUACCUCUCUGCUGGACAGAUUCCUUUGCCUAAACUUUACAUCUGCAUGUCCAUGUUCUUCUUCCUCAUUGGCAGCCUGUGGGUUCAUGUUUUGCGCACUAAUAGUGCUGAUGUUUACAAGAUACAUUGGCUGAUGGCUGCUCUUCCAUUCACAAAAUCACUUUCCCUUAUUUUCCAUGCGAUUGACUACUACUACAUUUCCAAUCAGGGCUUUCCUAUCGAAGGCUGGGCUGUGGUCUAUUACAUUACUCACCUACUAAAGGGGGCGCUGUUGUUCAUUACUAUAGCUUUAAUAGGAACCGGCUGGGCCUUUGUCAAGCAUAUCCUCUCAGAUAAGGACAAGAAGAUCUUCAUGAUUGUCAUUCCCCUGCAGGUUCUGGCCAAUGUGGCAUACAUCAUUAUUGAGUCCACAGAGGAGGGCUCCAGCGAGUAUGGUCUGUGGAUGGAGAUCCUGUUUCUGGUAGAUCUGCUGUGCUGCGGGGCAAUUCUCUUCCCAGUCGUCUGGUCCAUAAGACAUUUACAAGAGGCAUCAGCAACAGAUGGGAAAGCUGCCAUCAAUCUGGCUCAACUGAAACUUUUUAGGCACUACUAUGUGAUGAUUGUAUGCUAUAUUUAUUUCACCCGCAUCAUUGCCAGUCUCAUCAAGGUCAUUGUCCCCUUCCAGUGGCAGUGGCUCUACCAGCUGUUGGAUGAGCUGGCCACUCUGACCUUCUUCUUCUUAACUGGACACAAAUUCCAGCCAGCAUCCUACAACCCCUAUCUACUGCUGUCUGUGGAAGAAGACGACAUUGAGAUGGACAAUGUGUUAUUUACCUCAACAGUAAUGGGAGAGGGCAUUAAGAAAGUGAAUAAGUUAUCAAACGGGCCACCAGAGGAGAGGGAGAGCAUGGCAUGAUGUGAGAAAGUUAUCUGUCGGUCCUGUGUGCCUCUGGACUUUGUGACCAGCUACGGAAAUAUUGGACAUUCUUGAAGAAGAGCUUAACGGCUUCAUGUGUAAAAUUCCUAAUGGACCUUCUCUCAUGAUCACAUGUGAAGACAUUGCAUUUCAGAUCUAUAUAUAUAUAUAUAUAUAUAUAUAUAUAUAUAUAUAAUAUGUGUGUAUACACUCACCUAAAGGAUUAUUAGGAACACCUGUUCAAUUUCUCAUUAAUGCAAUUAUCUAAUCAACCAAUCACAUGGCUGUUGCUUCAAUGCAUUUAGGGGUGUGGUCCUGGUCAAGACAAUCUUCUGAACUCCAAACUGAAUGUCAGAAUGGGAAAGAAAGGUGAUUUAAGCAAUUUUGAGCGUGGCAUGGUUGUUGGUGCCAGACGGGCCGGUCUGAGUAUUUCACAAUCUGCUCAGUUACUGGGAUUUUCACGCACAACCAUUUCUAGGGUUUACAAAGAAUGGUGUGAAAAGGGAAAAACUUCCAGUAUGCGGCAGUCCUGUGGGCGAAAAUGCCUUGUUGAUGUUAGAGGUCAGAGGAGAAUGGGCCGACUGAUUCAAGCUGAUAGAAGAGCACCUUUGCCUGAAAUAACCACUCGUUACAACCGAGGUAUGCAGCAAAGCAUUUGUGAAGCCACAACACGCUCAACCUAGAAGCGGAUGGGCUACAACAGCAGAAGACCCCACUGGGUACCACUCAUCUCCACUACAAAUAGGAAAAAGAGGCUACAAUUUGCAAGAGCUCACCAAAAUUGGACAGUUGAAGACUGGAAAAAUGUUGCCUGGUCUGAUGAGUCUCAAUUUCUGUUGAGACAUUCAGAUGGUAGAGUCAGAAUUUGGUGUAAACAGAAUGAGAACAUGGAUCCAUCAUGCCUUGUUACCACUGUGCAGGCUGGUGGUGGUGGUGUAAUGGUGUGGGGGAUGUUUUCUUGGCACACUUUAGGCCCCUUAGUGCCAAUUGGGCAUCGUUGAAAUGCCACGGCCUACCUGAGCAUUUUUCUGACCAUGUCCAUCCCUUUAUGGCCACCAUGUACCCAUCCUCUGAUGGCUACUUCCAGCAGGAUAAUGCACCAUGUCACAAAGCUCGAAUCAUUUAAAAUUGGUUUGAAAACUCAUGACAAUGAGUUCACUGUACUAAAAUGGCCCCCACAGUCACCAGAUCUUAACCCAAUAGAGCAUCUUUGGGAUGUGGUGGAACGGGAGCUUCGUGCCCUGGAUGUGCAUCCCACAAAUCUCCAUCAACUGCAAGAUGCUAGCCUAUCAAUAUGGGCCAACAUUUAUAAAGAAUGCUUUCAGCACCUUUUUGAAUCAAUGCCACGUAGAAUUAAGGCAGUUCUGAAGGUGAAAGGGGGUCAAACACAGUAUUAGUAUGGUGUUCCUAAUAAUCCUUUAGGUGAGUGUAUAUAUAAUAUGUGUGUAUAUAUCGAUCUCUAUAAAUGUUGCACAGACAGUAUGGAGAUUUCACACCACAUUUCUCUCUUAUUCCUUUUGCCACUGUAGUUUUAAUUGAAAUGCUUGGUGUUGUGCUUUUUCAUUUUAUCUUAAAAGUGUGUGUAGGAUUUUAACAUUUGGUUGUUCAUUUUUAUUUAUUUAUGACUUUCCUAUGCAUUGCUUGAUCUUAGACACUCUGUGGCACUUUAACACUCCAGUCAAGUGAAAGCCUCUGGAGUCACUGGGAUGUGUAGAAAACUGCAGUCUUUGUGACUUCUCUUUCAGCUAUUAAAUUAUAAUGACCUUUCAGAAUUAAUACUUUUUUAUGUUAUUGUGCAGGCCCCAGAAAAUGAACAUGCAUGCAUAACCCAGAUUAAUGCAUCACAGAGAAUAAAUUGUACCGUUCUUAAGCUUAAUCAGGAUUUGAUGACAGAUGCUUUAUAUUUCCUCAGUAUUUUUUUUUUAUUAUGAAUAUGAAUGACAAUGGACAUUAAUGAAAUUUAACCUGCAUGAUACUGGGUGCCUGGAACCAUGUAUUUCAAAUGUACCAAAUAUUUGGAUUCAAAAGAUUUCAGGGAUCUUGUAAUUUAUGGUUGUUGGUAAUGUAAUAUAGGAUUUUAUUUUGAUGUUUAAUAUUUUGCUUAUUAUCGGAUAUCUUUGAGCAAGCUUUAUCAAAUUGUUUUUCAGUAUUAAAUUGUGCAAUGUUUUCUUUUGAGUUUGUCUACAUUUUAUUCAAAUUGUGUAUAUACAGUAUUAUGUGAAAUCAAAUAGAUGUUCUUUAUAGGAAAGAACUAACUGUAAACAGAAGUCCAAUCAGACAACAACCUCCUGAUCCUUGAUUUAAAAAAAAAUUGUUAUUAUCUACCUUAAACACCGAUAUGGAAUC